AUGACCUCGAUCCAACUCUUGUCGGACGUUCACUUGGAGCACCGUCGACAAGGCCGUUGGACGGGGCUCGAACCGCUGGCGCCCUAUCUGGCGCUGUGUGGCGACAUAGGGAAUCCUGCGACGGACGCGUACGCGAGAUUCCUGAACGAGCAAGCCCAGCGGUUCGAGAAAGUGUUCGUGAUCGCGGGCAACCACGAAUGCUACGGGCGGACGGUGCCGGAAGCGGAGGCAUGCAUAGAGGCUGCGUGUGCGCGUCAUCCGGAGAAGCUCGUCUUCAUGAAUCGGAGGAGAUUCGAUAUCGAUGACCGUGUCUCGGUGCUGGGAACGACGCUGUGGUCGAAGAUAGACGCCGACGUGGCGCCAGUCGCUGCAUAUGCGAUAUCCGAUUUCCGAUACAUUCGGGGCUGGACCGUGGACAGAAACAACGAGGCGCACUCCCGGGACGUGGCCUGGCUCACCAAAAGCCUCUCGGACGUACGCAGGGAGGGUCGGCGAGCGAUCGUGAUGACGCAUCACGCCCCGACGCACCGUUCCACCAGCGCGGAGUGCUAUGCAUCUUCUCCGUUGAGGAGCGUGUUCGCCACCGACCUGGAGCAUCUCGUCCGGCCUCCGGUGGCCGCCUGGCUGUACGGUCACACCCAUCAUUCCAACGACCAGGUGCUGAACGGGGUCCGGCUGGUGGCGAACCAGGUCGGGUACCCUGGAGAAGGGGUGCGGUACGACCACGGGAGGCCGUCGAAGCGCGGAGACCUGCGCAUCUCGGCGUCUGAAUGCGCCAGCCUGCUCGGCUCCAACAGAUACGUCUCGCGGGAGACCAUGAUCCAGCGGAAGGCUUUCGAGCGGCGGAAGACCGUCGACAGGGGGUCCGAGGACGCCGUGGAGCACGGCAUGCGGUACGAGAAGACGGCGAUACGGCGCUACUCCGAGCUCCUGAUGCGCGAGGUGAUCGAGACGGGUCACAUCGUGCACGAGGAGUACGAAUGGCUGGGGGCCACGCCGGACGGGAUCACGAGGCAGGGCGAAUGCCUGGAGGUCAAGUGCCCGUUCAAGCGCAAGAUCACGGGCACGAUGCCCAAGAUGUACAUGCCACAAGUGCAAAUCGAACUCGAGGUUUGUGGCCUGGAGAUGGCGCAUUACGUAGAAUACGUGCCGCACAUGGGAGAUCAGGAGGAGGCCCUUCUCGUGGUGCCGGUCCCUCGAGAUCGCGAGUGGUUCCGCCAGAACGUCGACCGCUUGUACGAGGCGUACCUGGAUAUCACCUCUAGGAGAUCCGCACGAGGCCGAAUAUAA